CAGCAUUUUCCCUUGAUUCAUUGAACUUCCCAUAUCCUGUCACAUAUUGUGAUAAACUCACAUAUACUUUGUUAUGCAAGAGUGCGCUUCAUUGUGUGGGAAAUUCAGGGGGAUGCCGUGGGGCCGGGCAUCUGCGUCUAGUAUGACACUGCAGGACCGCUGGCAAAGACUGCUCUCGGCUUGAUUGUAUUAGGAACCUCCAGGUUGAUGUUGACGGGUCAGACGUCAGCCCGGGAGGUGCAUGGAAGACGGGGGGCAAAAAGGGCAGAGGGACACCGUGCCGCAGCGCCAUACUGAUCCCCAGCAACGUCAGGGCGCCGAUUUACGUGAUGCCCAGGCAGGGGGAUCAGGAGCUGCAGGCAGUGGAUCCACAGGCCUGCAGGGUGCCAGUGGAACUCAAGCUAAUCUCAGAGAGGAGCCCACUGUCGCCGUGGAGGAGCAACCAGAUGCAGACAGCAACACCAGGGAACAAGACUUUGCCUCAGGGGUUGGCCGCCAGCUUCUGUCUGACUCACCAAGGCCCACACGGCGUGUCACCAGAAGUGCAACUCUAGCUGUUGCACGCCAGUCUGGCACAGCAGGGCCUUCCAGCUCUGGGGAAGCUGCCAGGGCAGGCAGCAGCAGCCAGGGGCGCGCAGAGGGGAGCAGGCAGCAGGGGGAAGCUUCCAAGGGGCGUCGAAGACUGCCAGAGCCUGAUCUGGACGCCAUAGAUGACCCACAGGAGAGGCAGCGGCAGCAGAGGCUUGCCAGGAUUCGCGCGAGCGCAGCUGUGGCCCGGGAGAAGAAAAGGCAGGAGAUGGAGCACAUGAGCGUGCGAGCCGACGCGCUGCAGGCAGAAAACCAGCGGCUGCGGCUGCUGCUAGCACAGAGAGAUCAGGAGACGAUGCGGCUGCGGCGGGAAGUGGGGCGGCUGCGGGAAGUGGGGGACCCGCUGCAGCUGGGGGACCCGCUGCAGCUGCCGCCACCGCAGCUGGGGGCCCCGUUGCCUGAUCUGGCCGCCAUGGCCGUGGCCGGCUUCGCCGGCGCCGGCCGCGCCGCCAUCCCGCCAUCUGCAGCCGCACACAACUUCCCAGAGGGAGCUGCCUAUGGAAUGCCGGAGCAGGAUAUUACUGCCAUGCCGGGCGCCUAUUUCUUUGAAGGUGGCGAUUACAGCGUCCCUCUCAGCCCCCGGAGGGGAUUCCUUGGCCGCGCGCCGCAGCAGCUGCCCCCCCGCUGGGCGCUGGCGGUAACUAACGUGCCGUCGCGGCUGCGGCAGGCCUACCCUCCGGCCGUCCUGGAGCCGAUUCCUCAGUUCAACCCCGGCGCGCCGGCACUCCCCGGACUUCCCUUAUUGCCCCCCGUGGGGCCGGCGGCGUACCCUCUCGAUCACCUCUUCGACCAACCCCGGCCGCCCCGCCCGGCCGGGCCGGCACUCGGGUUGCGCGGUGCGCUGCCCUUAGGGCAGCCCGUGCCGGGCCCGGUUGGGCAGGGGCAGGCGGAGCCGAGCGCGGAUGUAGUCAUCCCUCAGGGGGUGAUUUACGGGGUGGACGGCCAGUGGAUACGCCUGCGCCCGGGGGUGAACCCGGCGCCGCCGCACUCGCCGCCGCCGGCCGGCCGCGGCCGCGGCCGCGGCAGCCCGCCGUGA